GGUAUGUGCUGAACGCGUCAUCGUGUUUUCCUGAACGCAGCUGAAGAUGUAAACAAGAGGAUUGGCGAGUGCGAAAGCUCGUUUUGUCCACUAUUACCUUUCAUGAUUGUCCUUAUUUAAUCGCACAAAUCAGCAAUGGGUCUCCCUGUUACUAUUAAAGUGAAUUUCAGGGGAAAUGUAAAGAGAUUUGUUGCUCCAGAUUUGGACAAAUCGGAAUGGGAGUCGGUGGAAGCCUGGAUAAAAGCAUCAUUUGGAAUAAGCCAUUUUCAAGUGAAAUAUUUUGAUGAGGACAACGAGGAGGUUUCCAUCAACAGUCAAGAGGAAUAUGAGGAGGGUGUGAAGAGUGCAGAGAAGCAGGGGAACCAGUUGCACAUGAACGUUUACAAGGCGAAGCAGGGGCAGGCUGGGCCGGGCAAGACCCAAGAAGUGAAGGAGCUGAAGGGGGAACUCCGGCCAGCCCCGCCGUACCCCUCCAGGGUCAAAACUGUGGACAAAGGCACACAGGUCACUCCCGAGAGAGAUGCUGUGGUUGUGAAGGACAACAAAGUAACUAAGCCAGAGGAUAAACUUCCCCCAGCUUGGUUUAGAUCUUACAUGGAAAAAUUCAAGGAUGAGGUGGUGAAGGAGGUAGUGGAGAGGAUGUGCAGUGACUUCUCUGGCCAGUGUUGCACCCACAAGACCCCCAACUGUGAUGGGCCUCUCGAGGCCCUUGGAGCAGUGGGCGGAGUCAAUAUCAAAGGCCCAAAGGUGAACUCCUCCACCGGCCCCCCCGCCUACUCCUCAUUGGGCUACACUCCGGAAUGCAGCAAAUGCAAGAGACCAGCCACCGAUGGAGCUUAUCAGUGCAGAGUGUGUCCGUCCUGUAUCUUAUGUGAGCUGUGUCGACACAGCCACGACCCCAGUCACAACCUAGUGAGAACCAAGACUCCCCUCUCCAUCCCUGAGCAUGGGAUGUCAGGAGAAUUAAGGUUUCCAAGGCGAGGAGACCGGACCGUGCGCAAGGCUGAGCGUCAGCGCCUCAAAGCCGAGCGGAGGCAGCUGAAGGCCGAGGUGAAGGAGAUUAAGAAGAAGCUGAGGCUGGAGAAGAGGGGCCUGCAAUGGAGCAGCCCUGCUUCUACCUCCGCCAGAUCCAACGUGGCCACCACCCAGGCCCCUGCUGCUGCCCCAGCACCAGGCCCUGCCCCAGCACCAGGCCCUGCCCCAGACCCCCAGGCUUCCAGUCCAGAGGGUCCCGAGGUCUCCUACACCACCUUGGUGCCCACUAUGGCUGCCUUGUUUCUGGAUGAAAAUCUGCCUGACGGGACCCGCCGAGAGCCCGGCACCAAGUUCAUCAAGUAUUGGAAGAUGAAGAACUCAGGCAUCAUCAACUGGACCUCCGAGACCAAGCUGAUGUGCAUGUGGGGUAACCUGGCACUGGCAUUGGAGGAGAAGCGUGAGGUGGCCGUGCCCCUCCUGCAGCCGGGCCAGGUGGGCGUGGUCAGUGUGGCCUUCAUCGCCCCGGUGAUGGAGGGCACCUACACCUCCCACUGGCGCCUUGCACACUGCGGAGAGCAGUUUGGCCCUCGCGUGUGGUGCAGCAUUGUGGUGGCCCCCAGCACCAGCCCACACGCCAACUGUCCACAGAACAAAUGCCUGGAGGUGGAGCCCGGGCCUGUGAAGGUGGAGGGGAUGUCGAGUAACAGCUCCAGGGACAGUGGUCUGGCCGUGUCUGUAGACUACUGCCACAGAGACUACCACUUCCCCUCUGUAGACCUGCUCACUGCACAGGCUCUUUUGUCCUUUGAAUUGCUGGAUAUUAACGUUGUGCAAGAGUUGGAGAAAGUUCCAAACAACACCCCAGUCGAUCUGACCCCCUGUGUGUCCCCUCUGCCCCACAAUGGCCCUCUACUGGAGCGCCCAGGCACCGACCAGGUCGAAAACAACACGGAGAUGAACCGGGUCAACAACCUGCUAGGAGUGAACGGGGAGAACUCUGACCCACCUGGCCACGAGGAGGAAGACAUCAGCGGGACUCAGUUUGUGUGUGAGACGGUGAUCCGCUCCCUCACCCUCGAGGAGGCUCCCGACCACAAUCCCCCUCACAGACAUCAGCCCAGCUACUGCAAGCCCAAAGUUUUUGGAGCUGUAGCCUCGGGCCCUGUCUUCGGCUAUGAGAGGAACGUAUUGGACACCGCAUUAAGAGUGACAGGUCCAGAUUUGCUGAUGAUGGGUGUUAUGAGAGAUCAAGGUUCACCUCCAGGCCUUCCCCAGAUCACACUUUCAGAGGAGACUGUCACAGAGGUGCUUCUGGCCCCAGAGGUUGAGAAUGUGUACAUGGAGCUGUAUGCAAUGAAGGAGGAGGACGAGGAAGACAACAAAGGCAGAAAGGAUGUGAAGGACCAGAAAGCCGAGGAUAAAGAAGAUGAAAAGGAUGACAACUACGUGGAGAUUGAAGAGGAGAAAGAACAUGAGGAGGAAGAAGAAGAAGAACGAGCGGACGGGGACGAGGUGAGCAGCCAAAUCUCCACCUUGUCCUCGUCCUCCUGCGAGGACUACGUCAUAGUCCUGCCGGACUGCUUCGACACCAGUCGGCCGCUGGACGAGUCCACGUACAGCUCCACCCUCUCGGAGCCUGUCACUACCGCAGCCGUGGAGCAGGAGGUGGCGCCAGACUCUGAGCCUGAAGAGCUGGACAGAGCCACCCCAGAGGGGGAGAGGCAAGAGAGGGGCGAGGCUGCAGCCACAGUCACGGAGACCACCAUCCACAGCAGUGUCAACCAGAUGCUGUGUGCCUCCCAGACGCUGGAUGCUGUCCCCCUUGCCCCUGAGGUGGUGCCGCCGCCGGUCUCUCUCCUGCCCCCACAGGCCCUGUACACACACAGGUCUGAAGCAGUCCACGUUGCAGAGCCAACAAGUCAACGAGCGUCUGGACCAGUAGAACCAUGCCAACCAGUGGUCCAUUUAAAUGUAUCUAGUACAACCAGACCAUCGGGCUUAGCCAGUGCCUUGGAGACGUACAACUCCAGCCCCUGCAGCUCCCUGCGCCCAAGGGGCCAAGGCGGUAUCACGGAGGGACUAGUAAAGGGGGUUCUGUCAGUGGCAGCGUCCGCCUAUAAGGCUCUCUUCAAUGGACAGAGCUGCUCCACACAGCGUGGUGUGGACCCGGCCAGCCAGGACGCCUCCAUGAUGGCCGUGCUGCUGGAGAUGGGCUUCAGGGACCAGCGGCUCAACCAGUGGCUGCUGAUGAAGCACAGGCACAACCUUCUGCACACUGUCAACGAGCUGGUCGCCAUGGCCGACAACACGCUACUGACGGGCCGGUCGGCCAAUCAGCCAGGCCGCUACACGACCCCUGACACCCAAUGAGAGGGGGGGGGGGGGUCAUUUUGCCACUGAUGUCAGGUCAUGUGCUUUACCUAUUGACAGGGCCAGGGUAGGUUCUCUGUCCCAAAGAGAAUGGAGGUUGUGAAUGUAAUCAGAAUUCCAAUCUUCUCCAUUGUGUUGGGUAUUGAGACUAUUCUUGUUGUUUUGAAGGACUUACAUGGUUGAGUCACAGGGGGAUUCAAUUACAUAGGAAUGCUAAAGAACUGAGAUGUCAGAUUUAUUUUAGAUAUAGUAGUGAAUUGGCCUAAACAAUGCAAUAUUGUAUGUAUGUAUCAAAAGUACUGUUAUCCUAGAUGUCUGGCUACAAGCAACAUUUGACCUGUGGAUUGUAUAAGGAACAGACACUGCAGACUAAGGAAAUAAGCUGUUUCUUUUUAGGAGACACCUGCAUGUCAGUUUUAAGCACACGAGUCAUACUUGUGGUACUAUAGGACUCGCAUCUAUAAAUGUUGUCUGCAUCACACUUGUACUAAUUUUCCUCUUUCACAUUGUAAGAAUCAUCCCCUUUCUUAUAUUUCUAUCAUACAACACUACGUAUAUCCAACCAUAACAUUCCUAAGUUUGUUCAUGGAACCAAGUUUCUCAUAGGUUGUUUUUAUGAAUGGUAAUCAGUGACCGAGUCAUGGUGAUUUGAGUGCAUAGGUUUCAAACGUUGUAGGCCUAUACUGUGUUUGACAGUUCGGCCUAUCUCUGUGUGUACCUUUCCUUUCAGAAAAAAAUAGGUUUGUAACUGGACACAUGUUUGUGGUUGUGAUAUGUUCAAAUACUAACAGUUUAAAGAUCAUGUUUUCGAAAGAAAUGCUGAAAAUAUUAACUGUGCUUGCUAAAGGGGUCUCCUUUCAAUCAGCACGUAAGUAAGUACACUGCAAUUGUCAAUCAGCCAAUAAACAAAUUGCACAAUUCUA